AAAAAUACUUGACCCAAUACCCAGAAACCAUUCCUGCCGAGCAAACUUUUAAUGAUUUAGGAACGAGAGAAUAUUUAUUCUUUUGUGGUUUUGAACACUUUCUGGAAUUAGUCGCUCGUCAGAAAGCCACUAUCCAAGAUAUUUCUGGCAAAAGUUAUGAAGAUGAGAAAGAUUUGAAGGAGGGAGAAGUCAAACCGGCUUGGAAAUUUUUAACCGCUUGCCAAACUCAAGGGGUAAAAAACACCGGAGAGGAAUUAAGCGAGUUUACCGAUUUUUAUGCUAAGGGGAAAGAAGCAAUGGCGGCUGAUACACCAAACAGUUUUCACGAACCGAGUGGCCGCUUGGAAAGUGGUCAACAAGCCGGUUUAACCGAAGCCCAAAUUGAAAAAGCCGCUAUUCCGGAAAAGACAAAGAAGUUAGAAGAAAAUUUAAAAGCUAUUCCGACCACCGAGGAGGAAAGGAAUGACCUAAUUAAACAAAUUGACGAGUAUCCUCCUUAUGAAGGAACCGAUAAGAAAAAAUAUUCUAAAUUACAAACUGAACUUGAUGCUCUUCAUGGUUUUGGGCAAGAUUUUCCGACGACGGACAUUGAAGAAUCAAUAAAAAAAGCGGAAGGAGAAUUGAAUAAAGAAGCAAUUGAUUUAGAAACCCAUGACUAUCAACAAUUAAAAGUGGCUUGUCGAUUAUUACAAGAGAUUGAGGAGGCGGAAUUGGCUCAGAAAGAUGAAAUUGAAACUGAAUUGGAAAUUGAAGCAGCAAUUACAGAAGCCAAGAAUAAUACUAAUUCUGGUCGAUUGGAACCACUUUGCCAGAAAUUAAAACUCCUAAAUGAAACUGUCAAAGAACACAAAAGAAAGGUUUUAACCGAUAAUACGGGUUUACAACGUGAUUUAACAGAAGCGAUUGUGGUAGAUGCUGAUAAUAAAAGAGCUUGGCAUGAUAAAUAUCCAAAUGCCGAUACUUCUCUUGAAACGCUUGAAGAAUUAUAUACCAAAGCAUUAACCUUUAAUUUAAAAAAUUUUGAUGAUGAAACUGAGCAAGCCGAAACCUUGGAGAUUGCUAAUUUAACUGAGGAGGAGCAAGGAAUUAUAACUGAGGCUAAAACUCCCGAAGCGAUAGAGAAAGUCUGGGAAAAAAUUAUUACUGGCCGGCAAAAAGAUAGAGAAGAACAAAAAACAUUGGUAAAUCAGAUUACCGAAACUCUCGCCAAAUUUAAUGAGGUUCGCGGAAGUAAUGAAGAAUUAGGAAAAUUAUUAGAUGAAAUUAAUCCCGUUUCCCGUCCAAGCCGAGAAGCAAUUUUGGCCUAUUAUAAUAUAUUCUUUACUGCUGAUAGGUCGGUGGAUGGGGGAACGAUGGGUUCUCUUCACCGCUUAGGUUGGCAGUGUGAUAGGAAUGAAAUUGAGAUUAGAACGCCAACUGCCGAAGGUGAUGGGUAUUCUGUCUCCGAAAAAGCACCAAAAGAUAUUGCCGAAGGUUACCUUUACCAACUUCAUUUACAAAAUGGAACCACCGGAGAAGAUUUACCGGAUAAUUGGGAAACUUAUCAAGGAGGUCGAAAACGCAAUGUUUUGACCGAAGAAAAAGGUUUAGUCGAAGCCCGAGAAGCGGCCAAAGCAGGGGUUGCGGAAGUGGAAAAACUUAUUUUCGAACAUGUAGUAUUAAAUAGUGUCCCCGCGAUUAAUGCUGUCCAAGUGCUUUUAACCAAAAUUAAAAAAACUAUCACUGAAAUUACUGCAGCGACAGCGAGCCAAGCCCAAGCAGCGGUGGAUGAGUUAAAAGAUAAUUAUCCAGUUGAUGAGAAUUUAAACCAAGAAUUAUCCGCUAGUGAGUUAAAAUUAUUUGCGGCCAGUUAUGUUGACAAGGAUGAAGCAGAAGUUCUCUUAGAGGGUCAUAAGUUAGCCGAACUUGAUACCGUUAAAAAAGUCCAAGUCGUUCAUGAAACCUUAACUCUACUCCGUUCCUUUAUUAAUUGUUCGUUCGAUGAAUACACUGGUGUCGAGAACCUUAAAGAUUUAAACAAUUUAACUUUUAAUAUUAUUGAUAAGAUAAAAAAUAAGUUAGAUGACGAAUAUAAAGAGGUAAAAAUUGGAGAAGAAAAUGUUUUUGCUUUCGACUUGAUUGAUGCAAUAGUAGAUGAAAAAGUUAGCCAAUUGAAUGAAAAUGUUAGAAAUUUAUGA